AUGAGCACCUGCCGACGUUUUCGCGCAGAGUCCGAUACGAGUUCAGAACGAGAAGAUGAAAUAGAAUUAAGGCUUUCAGUCACUAUUAAUAAUUCAUCAUCAACAUCUGCAUCUUCCCUGAAACGUAUGGGCGGGGAGUAUCUACCUCCACAGUGAAAGAAAUAGUUCCCCAUACAAAAAUUCAAGGAUGCAGCAGUUGAAAUAUGAAUUACGGAGAGAGCUAAUACUAGACGAGCUCCGCCAGCGGCACUUUAGAAGAAGCGGCGGCAGUCCUCAUGGCGUCGAAAAGAAGUUCGACUUAGCAGAAAAAAUGCUAUUGGAAGCAGUGGGCGCUCGUGGACGAC